UUGAGUAACAAUUAUCUUGAAGAACGUUUCCAGCUAGGAACCAUUAUCAAAAACCCGGUGCCAGAGCGGCGUGACGUUUGACUACGUUCCUGGUCUGGCACUAGUGACGGGAGGCCCAUGUGGUGUUACAAUAAGUGGUCAGGCAAACUCAAACGCUUAGGGACGCUUCCACGAAGUACCUCCAGCACCUGAAUGUUCGUGUAGUGCACUUUAAGAAGAUGCUGCUGGAAGCGCUGGACGGGGACGGAACGGUUGUCUACGCAGCCGCUGCCGCCUCGGUGCAGGUUCAGGUGGAGCCGGUCGGACGAUGGCUGGAGGCAUAUUUAAAGAGGAGGAGCAGAACUACGUCAGCUUCUUUCCAGGAGCUGGACGAAGAGGAGGUGUCAUCUGAGGAGUCGGACGAUGAGGAGUUUCAGCUGGAGGAAUACCUGAUGCUGCGCACGCUCGACCCCAAAGAUUGGAAGAAUCAGGAUCACUACGCCGUCCUCGGCCUCCCACACCUGAGGUACAAAGCCACACAGAGACAGAUUAAAGCAGCCCAUAAAGCAAUUGUGUUGAAGCAUCAUCCUGACAAGAGGAAAGCUGCUGGAGAGCAGAUUGUAGAAGGAGACAACGACUACUUCACCUGCAUAACUAAAGCGAUAGAAAUCCUGUCCGACCCUGUGAAGAGAAGAGCCUUCGACAGCGUAGAUCCCACCUUCGACAAUGCCGUGCCGUCAAAGGGAGAAGGCAAAGAGAAUUUUUUUGAUGUCUUUGUUCCAGUUUUUGAAAGAAAUGCAAGAUGGUCUUCCAAAAAACAUGUGCCUAAACUUGGAACCAUAGAGUCAUCGUUUGAGGAAGUGGAUAAUUUUUACUCUUUCUGGUAUAAUUUUGACUCGUGGAGGGAAUUCUCCUAUUUGGAUGAAGAAGAAAAGGAAAAGGCUGAAUGUCGAGACGAGAGGAGGUGGAUUGAAAAACAGAACCGAGCUUCGAGAGCUCAGAGGAAGAAAGAGGAGAUGAACAGAAUACGAACACUAGUCGAUACUGCGUACAGCUGUGACCCUAGAAUAAAGAAAUUCAAAGAGGAAGAAAAGGCACGGAAAGAGUCUGAGAAGAAGGCCAAAGCAGACGCCAAGAAGAGAGAGCAGGAGGAGAAGGAGCGGGCCCGACAGGCAGAGCUGGAGGCGGCUCGUUUGGCAAAAGAGAAGGAGGAGGAGGAGGCCAAACUGGCAGCUCAACAGGCGAAGAAAGAGAAGGAGAUUCAGAAAAAAGCCAUCAAGAAAGAGAGGCAGAAACUCAGGACAACGUGCAAGAACUGGAAUUAUUUCGCUGAGAAUGAGGCGGACAGUGUGAAAAUGAUGGAGGAGGUGGAGAAGCUGUGUGACAGACUGGAGCUCACCAGUCUGCAGUCCCUGAACGAAGUCCUGGCCUCAGGCUCCAAAGAAGACAGCAAGGCAGCUGUGGAAAAACAGGUCCAAGAAGUGAACGCUCAGCUGCAGAGGGAGAAAGAAGCCGAGGUCCAGGCCAGACAGGCAGCCCGUAAUGCUGAGCAGGCCAUUGGGGGAGGAGCGGGAGGAGGGAAGGGCUGGAAUGAGGACGACCUUCAACUGCUCAUCAAAGCUGUCAACCUGUUUCCUGCCGGAACCAACGCCAGAUGGGAAGUUAUUGCCAACUACAUGAACUUACACUCCACCAGUCAAAUAAAGAGGACAGCCAAAGAUGUCAUCAACAAAGCCAAGAAUCUCCAACGACUCGAUCCACUGCAGAAAGACGAGAUAAACAAGAAGGCCUUUGAGAAGUUCAAAAAGGAACACUCGUCAGUGGCUCCGUCCAUCGACAACGCCGCGCCCUCAGAGCGGUUUGACUCUGCUGGUGACAGUAAUGCUGCACCUUGGACCACAGAGGAGCAGAAACUUCUGGAACAGGCUCUGAAGACGUACCCAGUGAGUACGCCUGAGCGCUGGGAGAAGAUCGCUGCGGCUGUGCCAGGACGAAAUAAGAAAGACUGUAUGAAGAGAUACAAGGAACUGGUUGAAAUGGUGAAAGCUAAGAAAGCUGCCCAGGAACAAGUGGCAGCCAAGAGUAAAAAAUGA